CCGGCCACGCGGAGGAAAGAGGGCGCUUCCCCGGUAGGCUCGCCGCUGCAGCCGCCGCCGCGGGGACUCGGAAGUGCGGAGCGGGGUGUUGGGAACUCCGGGCGUGCGUGAACGCCGCCGCCGCCGCCCGGGACAGCCCGGAGCUCAUUCAUUCACAGAGCUAGGCGGUUUACUCCAAUGUGAUGCGCGCUAUGGGAGCACAAGGAGCUCAGAGGGAAGGCUUCACUGAGGAGAAACUUCAACUUGGGCUUCGGGACCUUUUGUCACAAGAAGCAAUGCUGGCCCGGUGGGAACUGUCUUUUUACCUGCUUGCUUCACUAGGCUUUCACUUCUAUUCUUUCUGCGAAGUUUACAAAGUCUCCAGAGAACAUGAAGAGCAGUUGGACCAAGAAUUUGACCUGGAGACUGGCACUUUAUUUGGAGGAUUAAAGAAGGACCGGACCGACUUUGAGUGGAGCUUCUGGAUGGAGUGGGGGAAGCAGCGGCUGGUGUGGCUUCUCCUUGGGCACCUGGCUGUCUCUCAAACGGCCAACCAGAUCGCAAGGAAGCACAGACCCUGGAUCCUCACAGCCUAUGGAAUGUGGGCCUGCUGGUGUGUGCUGGGGGCCCCAGGAACGGCCAUGAUCUUUCUCCACACUGUCAUCUCCUUCUGCGUAGCCCAGUUCCGGUCACUGUUUCUCUCAUGGCUCUGUUCUCUCCUCCUGCUCUCCACAUUGAGGCUGCAAGAUGUGGAGGAAGUUAAGAGAGGGUGGUACAAGACAGAAAACGAGUACUACUUGCUGCAGUUUACGCUGACCGUUCGCUGCCUGUACUACACCAGCUUCAGCCUCGAGUUCUGCUGGCAGCAGCUGCCCGCUGGGUGCCCUUUCUAUUCCUUUGCCUGGGUGAUGGCCUAUGUCUUCUAUUACCCAGUCUUCCACAACGGGCCCAUCCUCAGCUUCCCGGACUUCAUCGGACAGAUGCAGCAGCCAGGGCAGUGCUCACUGAAGGUUGGUCUUUCCGUCCUUGCCCGGGGGCUGGGCCGCCUCUUCUGCUCCUGGUGCCUGGCAGAGCUGAUGGUUCACCUCAUGUACAUGCACGCCAUCUAUGGCAGCGCCCACGUCCUGGGGGCCGUCUCCUGCUGGACCUUAGGAGGAUUGGCUUUGGCCCAAGUGCUCUUCUUCUACGUGAAGUACUUGGUGCUCUUUGGUGUCCCAGCUCUGCUCAUGCGCCUGGAUGGACUCACACCGCCACCCCUCCCUCGCUGUGUCAGCACCAUGUUCAGUUUCACGGGGAUGUGGAGGUAUUUUGACGUUGGACUGCAUGAUUUCUUAAUCCGGUAUGUGUACAUUCCAGUGGGCGGGUCCCAGCAUGGCCUGCUGGGGACACUGUUUUCCACUGCAAUGACUUUUGCAUUUGUGAGCUACUGGCAUGGUGGGUACGACUACCUGUGGUGCUGGGCCGCCCUCAACUGGCUGGGAGUCACCGUGGAGAAUGGAGUCCGGAGACUUGUGGAGACCCCAUGCAUCCAGGAUAGCUUGGUCCAGUUCCUCUCCCCACGAGCUCGCCGUCGGCUCCACGCCGCUCUAGCAUCUUGUUCCACCUCCAUGCUGAUCCUGUCCAACCUGGUGUUUCUCGGGGGCAGUCAAGUUGGGAAAAUCUACUGGAAUAGGAUCUUCAUACAAGGCUGGCCGUGGGUGACCCUCUCUGUCCUGGGAUUCCUUUACUGCUACUCCCACGUGGGCAUUGCCUGGGCUCAGACAUACUCCAUGAACUAAUGCUGCUGGGCCCCGGUCAGCCCUGUUGCUGGCCUCCAAGGCAAAUGGUGCUUCUCCCUGACCUCACACCCCAAGAAAACCACCGGCGGACCAUCUGCUCAUCUUUUGUUGAAGUUACCUCACUUCAAAACUGGAAGCUUGAGCUCACAGGAAAUUGACAACCGGAGAGUCUUCAAACUUUGGGGACUUGGAGAUCAUCUCCCCACAUCACCAUUUCCUGUUGAGAAGCUGGGCGCCAGAGCCCUAGAGGGGCUGUCUUGUCCAGCUGCCCAUGGUGACAUUAUGGCCCCGAACCCACCCAGUCCCGAGGGCCCUUUGGGUUCUUUCUCCUUUACCAAGAAUUAAAUGUCAUGCGCAUUUCUUGAUGAAGGCACAGAAAUCCUGACUAGUGCUAGGCCCGUCCUCCACUGGGCAGUAUUUCCGAAACAUUUUGGGGACUGUUAUGUGAUCCCUUCCCCAUGUCCUGCAGUGUGCUCACUAGAACCAGUACUGAGGUUUGAGCUGCACACUCCAGCUCCUCAGCAGGGAGGUGACAAAGCCACAGCUGUUUCUAAUUAUCCAAUCAGAGAAGAUAGAAUACAUUCUGUCACAUUCCAAGGAGUCGGUACCCGGGAGACCUGGUAUUUGAGCUUCAUCAGUACCGUCUACAUCUGGCAGCUUGUUCCCUAGAUUUGCGGAGCAGUAUAAACAUGGCAGUGCCUCCACCUGACAGUUCAUCGUUUCCACAUAAAGAAACAGGAUUUACAAACCAAGCAAUAACGUAUCCACAGGCAGGUGCUACCAGGCAUCACGGAGAGAAAGGAUGGCUUCCCAUGGUCUUCUCCCCAUGCAAGUGGUUUACCUUCAGUGGUGUACACUGUUUUGUUUUGUUUUGAAUAAAAUGGAGCCUUUUCUAUCAUAUAGGUGAUACACAUUUUUAUAGAAUUGUUUUGAAUAUUUUUGAGGAAAAUGUUUAAAAUCUAAACACACUUACAUAACUCUUUAAUUAUUCACUCCUCUGGAAAGAUGCUGACAGGCCCCUAAUGGCCCCGAGUGGUAGAUAAUUCAGAAUACUUUCUUUUGGCUUUGGAUUUUUGUUGAGGGGGUGGUGCGGGGGGAGUAAGUCAAAAAGCUUUAAAAUUUGACUCCAUAGUGUACCCAGUUAUGGGAGAACUGAGAACAGCUCAAGCACAUAAAUUGUUAUGAGGUUCACUUAGUACUGGUCUCUGUCACACUGUCUCAUGCUUGUUAUUUGUUAUUGUCCCUGUAUCCUGGCUGUGGGAUGGUUACAGGGAUAAACUAUAUAUGUAUAUAUAUCAAAGGAUUUUAAACUCUUCAAAGACACCAUUUAUAUAAAAAUAGGUUUAUUCUUUCAUUAAACUAUAUUAGAAUAGUCAGUGACUGUAUUCAAAAGUAAUAAUCCUGAAUUUGUUUUAAGCUAUUAGUGAUUUAGCCUGGUUCUCAGGAAUUAGUAAAGGAUGACUGCAGUUAGCUCUGUAUUUGGGGCCUGAUUAACCAUGUGUGGCUUAGCCAGGGUCAUUGUUUUCUUUAGCUUCUUGCCAUCUCCCACCUGUAAUAUGAAAAUGAUAACGUAUCUCUUCAUGCAUAUGGACUAAAAUCUUAAAGUUGCUUUAAAUGAAAGGCUCUUGAGGCCAGACAGAGGAAUUCCAGCUGAGGAACAUCUGACAUGUCACUUUCCAUAGUCAUCAGCUCUGGGCAACUUCAGGCACAGGGCUGCGAAAUAACUAGCCGAGGUCCCAAGGUCACUUCCAGUCACAGGAUCCUCUGACCCCAACCUAGAAAAAGCCGAAGAGCUAUAAGCACGAUCCCUACGGAGGCAAGCAAGACAUCUGAAGGACAGCCAAAUCUUGCUCAUUUUGGGGACCAUGCAAGAAUUCUUGGGACCAUGCAAGAAGACUUAAAAGUAUUUUAUAAUUUCUUCAGAUUAAUUUGUUUCAAGUGACAGCAGAAAACCUUUUGUUCUACUCAAGACUGCUGACCUAGAAAUCAAAUAUAUCAAUUACAUGUGUAAUGAUCUAUAUAUUGGGAGAAUUUAGUGGGAGGGUGUUCCCCUUAGAGACAUUGAGACUGCUCACGUGCUUACUUAAAAAUAAUUGUUGGCUAAGUGUUAAGUAAUUAACCGUAAUAUAAAGAGUUUGUUUUCUAGCAAAUGUACCAGAACGUAGCCAUUCAAUAGGGCCAAUUGUUGAGGAGCCAGAUUAUUUUAAUAGUGCUGGCCUUUCUCAGUACAUGUCGAGAAGCUUCUCUGAGGCCUUUUUUCAGGCGAAUUGUUUUAUUUUAAAACCAAUGAAAUCCCUCUUUUUUUAUAGUUGAAAUCCAUUUGGCACCCCACAUGUUCUAUCACUUGGCUCUGUAUUACUGGUCCUUUUGACUAAUUAUAAAAAUCAUAUUCACAGAUAGAUUUUUCACCAGUGAGGAUAUCUAAACAAUGUAAUGUUUAGUGCUUUACUAGGUGAGACCUUUGAAUAUCAAUCAUUUGGAAUUUUAAGCAGUAUACCCUUCAAUUACUUGUAUUCUGUUUUGCUGCAAUGUAAUUAAAAAAUAGAGUGUGGGGAGAAUGUCAUUGAAAAUACUGUAUUCAUACUGUGGCCCUAUGAGAUCAAGCAGAGGCCUGAAUAUGGAUUGCAGAUCAGAGGCUCCAUCCCUGAAGUGCUACUAUCUGUAAAAAGAAAAGUGUCAUUUUUGACAUGUGGUCCAUUGGUAUUAAAUAACAACUCAGGCUGGCAGUAUUAUAGAGAGUCUUGCCAUGCGCAGAAAGCAACAUCUAUUAAAAUCACAGCAGAACUGAAACAGUGCUGGUGUAUAGUAGUAAUUUAGGGCCAAGCAAUCGUCUGCCUUAAUAGCUUCUGAGACCAUCAAUGAAUUCAAGCAUAGGUCAAACUUACAUUGUUGACACUGAGUCAUUCUGAAAAGAUUCAGUUGUUUUUUUUUUUUUUACAGUAUAUUUUAAAAGGCAGGGAAGCAUUCAUAUAUCUCUUGCAAAUUUCAGUCCAAUUUGUUCAAAAUUAAAAAGUCCACUUCUACGUGAAGGUCAGUUUCAGAUAUGUGUUAAGUCAAUGUGUAUCACAAUGUUCCAGGGAUGCCAGGUUUCAAAGGCAUCUGCCACUGGUAUAGCUCAUAUAGCUGUUCCAGAUGUUACUGCAAAACACCUUCAUAACUGUUCUCUUGCUGUGCAGUACUCUGACACACAGGCUUGGUGUCUCUAUAAUUUUAAGUUCUCCA